AUGUCAGAUGACUUUGACAGCGAGGGCCCUCCAGAGGCCCUUCCCCUUGAGGAGGACGAAGCAGAGGCGCUCCCGCUGCCAGUGCCGCUCCCGGCGGCCGCGAGCGCCUCGGCCGACAAGGCUGGCCCACGGCCGCCCGUCCCCGUGACCCUCAUCACGGGGUUCUUGGGCGCGGGCAAGACCACCCUCGUGCGCCACAUCCUCACCGCCAGGCACGGCCGCCGCAUCGCCGUCAUCCUCAACGAGUUUGGGGGGGAGGGCGACAUCGAGCGCGCGUUCGUGCAGGACGAGGCUGGCGCGGCUUCGGCGGUGCCGCAGUGGGCGCUGGAGGCGCUGGUGGCGCCCGGGUCCGCUCAUGAGGGCAGGUUUGAGGCCGUCCUCAUAGAGACCACGGGCCUGGCAGACCCCGGCCCCAUCAUAGGCGAGCUGUGGAGUGACGAGGAGCUGGAGCCCAGCGUCACCCUGGACGGCGUGGUGACGGUGGUUGACGCGGCCAACGUGGCGCGCCAGCUGGCGGACGCGCGCGCGGGCGGCGCGCCCAACGAGGCGCAGCUGCAGGUCGCGAUGGCCGACGUGGUGCUCGUCAACAAGAUCGACCUGGUCUCCCAGCAGCACCUGGCAGCAGCUGAGGCGCGCCUGGCGGGCAUCAACGCCACCGCGCGCCUCGUGCGCUGCGCGCGCAGCGCCGUCGACCCCGCCAUCCUGUUUGGCUGCGGCGGCUACCGGCUGCGCGACGCCAGUGGCGCGCCGUUGCUGGCGCGGCCCGGCGGCUGGGCUAGCGGGGGCGGCGGCGGGGGCGGCGCUGACCUGGCGAGCCUGGCGGCGGGGUGGGGCGCGGCCGCCGCCGGGGCGGCCGGUGGCGGGUGCGCAGGCGAGAGCUGCUCGGACCCUUCCCACGAUCACAGCCGCCGCGGCCACGGCCAUGGCCAUGACGGCAAUCAAGGCGCCGACGGCGGCGCGGCGGCUGCGGCGCCGUGCGCAUCCCACGACGCGUCGAUCCGGACGGUGGCGCUGCGCUGCGAGGCGCCUGUGGCGCUGGGCGCGUUCACCGCCUGGGUGGAGGGCCUCCUCUGGGCCAGGGGCGGCGCGGCUGGCGGCGGCGAUGGUGGUGGUGCCGAAGGCGACGGCGACGGCGGGGAGCAGCAGCGGGGCGAAGGGGAUCGCGGCCAUGGGCAGCAGCGGCCCAGCGAAGCAGCUGACAGCAGCGGCGGCGGCGGUGGCGGCGGCGGUGGUGGUGGCCCCGAGGUCCUGAGGCUCAAGGGGCUGGUGGAUGUCGCGGGCAGCGCCAACGCGCACAUGGUGCAGGCUGUGUAUGAAGUGUAUGACAUAGUGGAGGGCCCCCAGUGGAGCCGCAUGGAGCAGCAGUGGGCAGAGGACGCACGCCUGCGCCAGGAGGAGCAGCGCAGGCGCCCCGGCCCCGUUGGCGGUGGCGGUGGCGGCGGCGGCGGCGGGGGCUCGUCGGGGCGAAUUGUGGGCCGCGCGACGCGUCUGGUAGUGAUUGGGCGGCGGCUGGAUCAGGCCGCGCUGCAGUGCGCGCUCGAGGCGUGUGCGGCUUGA